AUGGCAACCAAAUCCUCCAGUGGCUCGCGCACGCAGCAUGCGCGCGGCUCGCGCACCGGCGAGGCUGUGGUGGACAAGGACGGCCGCGUGCUGGACAUCGACCAAGUGCUGUCGGAGGCGGUGAUUGACGGCGGGGAGCUGGUGGUGGAGUACGGGCCCGGCCCGCUGGCGUUCAAAUCCAGGUGGGAGGGGCGCCCCAAGACGCCCCCGUUCCACUGGUCGGACGACGGCAGCGGCGAGCGCGUGCUGCCGCACGACGCGUGGCUCACGGGCCUGGACCUUGGCCAGGAGGGCCUGGGCGCCCUGCAGGAGCCAGAGUUCCUGGCCACAGACCCGGGCGCUGGGGAGGCCGACCUGGCGCGCGCGAAGGACGUGCUCGUGCGCAAUGCAGGCGCCUUGCAGAUGCUGUUCCUGAUGUGCACCGCCGACGCGUCAACGCCGGUCGAGGCCACCAGCCGCAUGACGCUUGCGCAGCUCAAAACGAUGCUCGCGGCGGCUCGGGUCAUGGGACCCGGGGGGGUGGCGGCGGAUGCGGUCGACCGCGUAUUCGCGCAGGUGCUGGGUUCGCAAGGCGCACUUGCCAGGAAGGCAGACAACCCCAGCGCAACGCCGUCGACGCUCGACCUGCCAGAUUUCAUGGUGGCUCUUGUGCAUGUGGCGCACUUGCGCUUCUCUGCCGAGUCCUUUGCGUCCGGCCCCAGCACCACGCCGCUGUCCACCAAGCUGCUGUCGCUGCUGCAGGAGUCCGUCGGCGCCCACGUGCUCGGCGAGCUGCAGCGCAAGCUGGAGAAGCUGCACGCCGCCACGCUCACGCCCGGCACGGCGCUGCUGCUGCGCAAGGGCAGGAGGCUGACGGAGCAGGUGCUGGACCGGUGCCAGCUGAAGCGCGUCAAGGCCCGCGUGUUGCGAGUCGACCUGCGGCACGUCUGCAAGCACCUGCAGCGGUGGGGUAUGCUGGGCAAGGAGUUCGGCCUGCCGGAGCUCGCGCCUGUGGCGGUAUUCGCCAAGCAGCAGCACACGGACCCGCACAGGUUUGUGCUGCACCCUUGGCCGCUGGCGCUGGAUUACGACGAGAUGGAGCGCCUGCUGCUCGGCACCGCCCAUGUGCUGGCCUGGGCGCGCAAGAUGCGCACUGCGGGGGGCGGCUUUGAGGAGUUCCUGGGGGAGCUCCUGGACGCCGUCUAUAAGCGUUCUGGCGUGCUGAUCGAUGCGCCCGCGAGUGGCCAAGCGGGUGGCCCUGUGCCGGCGGCCGGCGGUGCGGCGUCUGGAGGCGCAGGAGGCAGCGGUGGCGCAAGGUCAGCAGCGGGCUUCGACGGGGCAAUCGGCAGCAACAUCAUCAGCAGUGACGGCAGCAGCAGCGGCGGGCGGCAACUACUGCGGGGUUCCGCGUCGAGCGGCGGCGCUCGAUGA